GUUUGGAGAAGAGAGGACACCAUGAAACAAGCAACGACUGUCCAGGAGCACCUGACCACGCCGCAGGCGUCUCAAGCCGCUGGCGUCUUAAAUUCGGUCCAGCAGCCCGUGUUCUCCAGCAACCGGGCGUUUGAUUUUGUCUACGAUCCACUAUUUACUGUGUCAAGUGAGAAAGACCACAAACAGGCCAGUGCCCAAGCCAUGUUGAUGAAAGGCAGAAUGAGAAAAGUCCCCAGGUUUCAAAACAUGUUCAGCAACCUGACCCAUUAUCCAAGAUAUUCUCUGCACUUGAGCAAGGCAAGCCCUAUUCCACCAUUCAUCAAUCAAGAGUGGAAGGGGCCUGAAACUAAACUCAGAGAUGGCCUUCAGAGGGUUCCAGCAGCAGAUGCUUAUUGUCAGAGGCUUAAAGAAAUUUAUAAAGAUCCUGAAAUUACUGGAAGAAAUCGCUAUAAGUACUUUGAAAGACCUUUCCUUCCAUUUUAUACACGGACCCCAUGCUGUGCUGUUUUUGCAGCAGCCAAGGCAGAAUCAUUUCCCUCUUCACCUCCUGUUACUAAGCAGUCAUCCGCCCUUACGAAGAACACGGUGGGCACGCAGACUGAUUACCGGGAAGCUGAUGUCCAGACAGACCCGUAUUCUCCAGAAUAUAUAGUGUGUCAGGACACAAUCCCUGAGCUUCUGACCCUGGCCACUCUUACUUGGGCUCGAGGUCUCCCCGCAGGACUGGCUGAGGUGGAGAUGAUAGAGCGUGCCCGGGAGAAGCGUGCCUGGGAGGCCACCUUGCCCUUGCUGAGUGACACUGCCCAGUAUGAAAAGAGGAGGAAGAUGAUGGAUGCAAUGGAGAGGAAGGAGUGGGCCUUCCGAGAGCAGGAGAUUGGAAAAAUACAGGAGAUUCGCCUGGAAAUUUUAAAAGAGCUACUGAAGAAGCGUGAUGAGAAUCAAAACAAAGUGAAUACGAAGCUCUUGAAUGCUCGUUGGGCUAAACUGCAGGAGGCAAAGGAGGCAAAAAUAGCAAAGAUUCAACAGAGACACAUAACAGCAAUGAGAAAACUUGCAACAAAAAGAAAGGAUAUAGAAGGGACAUUUCAUAGAAGAAACAUCAUCCAGGAGUAUUCUGAUUAUGCGUCACAGGUCUAUGGACCUUUGUCUCGGCUUGGUCGUUUUCCAGACAACAACUCAGAGAACUUUGUAGUAAAAAACCAUUUUCUCGACUCUUAUGAAGGAUUAGUUGAACUUGAGGAAUGUAUCCCUGAUUUUGUGACACAGCCCCGCAUCACACCUCCAAAGCCCAAGGUCACCACCACCAAAGCUGGCUUUCUGAACAGGUCAGCGAGGCUGGAACGUGAGUUGGAAGAGGUUCAUAAGGCACUGUUGGAUAAGAAGUCUGAGGUUCCCGAACCAAAGAAGCCACUGCGCUUCCUUGAGAGAAAGCCGAUGCCUAAGCCCCGGCUUCCAACUCCAACCUUGGUGAUGUGUUCUAAUGAAGAAGAAGAUAUAGACAUGGCUGUGAUCUACCUGCAGAAGUUACUCCGAGGCAGAGCAGUUCAGAACAUGAUGUUUGAAGGGAAGGAGAAGCGCCUGGAAUUGAUCCAGGAACUGCGCACCAGUCAUGCACUGCAGGAAGACGAAAAGAUGGUGAAGAAAGCGGAGAAGCAAGUGACCUUGGCAUUACAGCGACAAAGGAACCUGCAUGAGAACAAGUUGUCGCUGAUUGAGAACCACUUGGCUGGCCUGGAAGGAGGGGUGCUGGCCGACAUGUUUGACUUCCUGUCUAAAGAGCUGGUAAGACUGCAGGAGGAGAGGCGCAUCCACGCCUUUGCCAUGAUGGCAGAGCGACAGCGGAGGAUGCGGGAGGCCGAGGAGAGCGGCCGGCGCCAGCUGGAGGAGAGGCGCCUGCGCGAGGAGGACCAGAUAUUUAAGGAGGUGAUUAAAAUUCAUCAAAGUACUGUAGCCUCCUAUCUGGAAGAUAUAAUACUAAAUGCUGAAGAGAGUACUGCUGAUGUUCAGGCCAGGGAAGAAAUUGAGAAAAUAGCUCAACAGAUCAAUGAUGUUGCUUAUGAAAUGGAGGACCGUCGAACUACACUUCAGUCAGAGGAAAUUGUUGCGGAGUUAGUUUAUAGUUUCCUGAUCCCAGAAGUACAAAAGAACUUUGUCAAAGAAAAAGUGAGGAAUGCGCAGCGGAAGCACAUUCUUGCAGCCCAUCAGAUCAUCCACACCGAAAUGGACGAAAUGCUGCUGAGGCGCGCCGAGGAGGAGAAGCUGCUGGAGCUGCAGCGGGAGCAGGAGCGGCAGUGGUUGCUGGAGAUAGAGCGGCAAUGGCAGCUGGAGCAGGAGCAGCAGUGGCAGCUGGAGCUGGAGCAGCAGAGGCAGCUGGAGCAGGCGUGGGAGCAGAUGCUGGAGCAGGAGCAGGAGCAGGCACAGCCGCUAGAGAGCCCAGAACUUCAAGACGAGAAGAAAGACUCGGAAUGAGAGCUACAGCUCAGAUUAUUAUCUUUUUCUCAAAGUGCUACAAAUCAUUGAAAAAAUUUCCAGCAGGCUGUGCUUCUCUGAGAUUACGGCUGUCAUACAUGUGUUAAUGUAUAAAGGAAAGAGAUUUCUCAACAACCCAAUAAUUUGAAGUUAUUUUCUUCAGUGAUAAUAAUCAAAUGAAGGAAUACUCUUCAUUUUGGUGUUUCCUGGAUGCUCUAUUCUAAGAGAGAAUGUUCUUAUGACUCAUUUUAACAUCUUAUUAAUCAGAAUACGUUACUUUGUUGACUCAAACAUAAAGAAAUGUUGCUGGAUAUUUAAAUAUUGUUGACUUGAUAUUCACUAAAGAUGAAAAUAUACUUUGGGACCAAUCAUUUCAUCUCCUAGAUAAAUAUUAAAAGGAAUGGCUGAGUAAGAGCACAGCAGACACAACAGGCAUGUUAAGGAGGCAAGGCUGUUCAUGUUUGUUUCCAAACUGGAAACCCAGACAUCUGUCUGCAUUGAAAUGGGGCAACUCUGGUAUAGUCAUACGGUACAGCUUUAGACCUCAGUGGGCUUAGAGUUUAAAAUGCAUUUCCAUGCUAUACCCAUGGAGAAGGUUCAGUCUCUUUCUGAAGAGAUUGGAGAGUAGGUGCCCUACUCAUGUGUGGUAAAAGCCAAGAUUGAACAGAUCUGUCUUUAUUUAAAAGAUCAGAAAAUAGGAGAAACAAUAAAAGAAACAUCAACAACUAGUCAACACAAGAGGUUAUAAAAGAAAAUCUAAUUUACUCUGAAAACUGCAAAAGUCUAUCAUAGAAGAAAAUAUUAUAAGCAACAAAGAAAAUCUUCAGAAAUGAUCUACUUGUGUUUUUAAUAGGCAUCAAAAAGAAAUGAUUCAUGAACCCCAUAGAUUCAUGUAGCUCAGUGUUUGGGCUCAUAACUCACAUAUAUGAGACCCAAGAUUCUGUCUCCCACAACUGCAGAAGCCUGAGAGAUAUACAGGCAAUAAAGUGCUUGCUUUGUAUGCAACUGACCCCAGUUUGAGUCCCCAGUACCACAAAUGAUCCCACAAGCACUGCCACAAGUAAUCCCUUAAGCAUAGAGUCAGGACUAAGCCAUGAGCACUUCCAGGUAUAAAAAUAAUCUCCUAGGAAAUGAAAGCAGGGAAUAAUAAGAACAAAAUCAAACAAAAACAAACAGGAAAAUGCAGGCUGAAAACAAUACAGGAAAAUUAAAAGUCUGAUGUUAUAGAUUAGAAUGCAGUUAAAAGAAUAGAAAUGCCUCCUCAAAGAAUAAAAUGUUAUGCUGUGGACAAACUUGCUAAAUUAUGAAGGAAAGAGAAAUAUGAUGAAAAUAUCCAUACUGUUAGCUCUGGACGAGCAACCCUACAAGUCAUAAGAAUUUUUAAUUUAUUUAUUAGGUUUUGGUUCAUAUUAGUAGUUUUCAGGGUUUAUUCCUGGCUCUGCACUCAAGAAUCACUCCUGGUGAGGCUAGGGGACCACAUGUAGUACCAGAUUAGUUGCUUGCAAGACAAAUGCCUUGCCCACUAUACCCUCUCUAUGGCCCAUCCAUAAGAAUUCUUAAGAAACCGAAAGAAAUAAAAGAGAAAUAAUAAGCUAAAUGGGAGAUCAUCUUAAUGGGGGAACAGGGACAGGAUAAUAGUGAUUGCACAAACUUGGAAGGGUUUACUUUGUCUUAGGAAAACUAGGAUUGGGGGAGAUUUUUCCAGCCUGGGAUCUUUGGCAAACAAAAAAAUGUACUUGAGAAAGGAAGCAUUGAAACCUGUUCUGUUCUGUAAAGAAUAUUGAACUGAAUUAAGUAAAGGUCAUAUUAUUCAUUUAUGAAAUUAAGAAAGUCAGUAAUGCAAAAUGAGAAGAGGCGAGUUAGGCGUGAUGGGCUAGAAGUGAGAAAGGGUCUGUAAACCACUGACCUGUUCUAUAAAGAGCCAGAUGGUAACCAUGUUAGACUUUUUAGGUCAGGUAAUCUGUCACAAUUACUCAGCUUGGCCAUUGUAGGUGAAAGCAGCAGUGAAUAUCAUAUAAGUGAG